AUGCCGCCCAUUACUUUGAUGACCCACAACUUCGCCUCCUUGCGCGUGUGGUUUAUCGCCAAACUUCAAACAAAGCGACUGGCGAACUACCUGGACAGGGACGGCGCCGCUGCCCAAGGGGCAAAUGGGUUUGAAUACAACGAGUUGGACAAUCUCCGGGCACUUGGGAUACUCACGGAGAGCUUGAGCGAGUCACAGUACCAAUACGUGGACGGUGCCUUGCUGGUCAAGACUGCCAUGGACAACUUGACAGGCAUCCAUGAACCGAUCGGAGCUGCCGACCGUGUCUCACUGCUGCAAAAGUACCACACGCUCAGCUGGGACUGGAAGAACGUUCCCCUUGAGGAGUUCCUCGGUGCAUUCCGCGACUUGAUGCGCCGAUUGGAUCGUGCGGCACUGAACGAGUUGCCGUCGUUUCGGGUAAACAAGUUGCUAACGCGUAUGCCAAAGGAAAUUCGGAUGGUAAGCCACAUGAUCGUGGACUCGAAUGCGGAGUUCCACACUGUACCGAUAUCCGCGACCAAAUUGAUGACCGAGUACAAGUAUCUUCAAAAGGAAGGUAUUCUCAAGUUCACCGCGAUCGAAGGCCACCCAUCAAAAACGGGAACGAGGGGCAACGUUCUCGAGGCCACGACAAGUGCCGCAAUUGUGGGACGAUGGGACACUGGGCUCGUGACUGUCGGAGACCAGACCGUGGUACUCAAGUUAGCCAAAGCAGACGGGGGCGUGGAGAACGUGAGCCCCGGCAUGCCGCCCCAUCCGCCCAUGCGAAUGCCGUGA